AAUGUCAAAAAUCCCAUUAUUGUCAUCACUAUCUUUCUUUUCACAAAUUCAUCAAAAUGGCAACAAAUCGUGGUAACCGUGCUCGCCAAACUGAAGAAGUGGAUAACACCAUUACUUAUGUACAAUGUGAUGGAUUGGCGGCAAUGAAAAUUGUCAAGCACUGCCACGAAGAAUCCAGUAACAUGGAUUUGGCUCAAGGUGCCUUGCUGGGCCUUGUUGUGGACAAGUGUUUGGAAAUCACCAAUUGCUUCCCCUUCCCCAAGAACGAAGACGAUACCAUGGACGAAGAACUGUAUCAAUUGGCAAUGAUGCGCCGUCUGCGUCGUGUCAAUGUCGAUCACUUCCAUGUGGGCUGGUAUCAAAGUUCCAAUGUGGGCAAUUUCCUAUCCAUGGCAUUGUUGGAAUCCCAAUACCACUACCAGACCAGCAUUGAGGAAUCGGUUGUUGUCAUUUAUGAUACACAAAAGUCGGGACGUGGUUUCCUUUGCCUGAAGGCCUAUCGUUUGACACCACAAGCCAUUCAAAUGUACAAGGAUGGUGAUUUCACGCCAGAGGCUUUGCGAAACAUGAAGGUGGGCUAUGAGAGUUUGUUUGUGGAGAUUCCCAUUGUUAUUAAGAAUUCACCAUUGACCAAUAUUAUGGUGAGUGAAUUGUGUGAAAUGAUGCCCGAGGAACAGGGUCAUAACUUCUUGGAUUUGGGUACCGCCUCGGUGUUGGAAAGUCAUAUGCGUUGUCUGAUCGAACGUGUGGAUGAAUUGUAUCAGGAGUCGAUGCGUUACAAUAAGUAUCAACAGGCUGUCUUUAAACAGGAAACUGAAAAACAUCGUGCUCUCACCAAACAAACUGCCGAGAAUGCUAUCCGUGUUGCCAAAGGUGAAUCACCCGUUCCCGAGGAAGAAGUUCUUAAACAAUUCCGACCAUUGCCCGUUCCACCCAGACUUAAUGCCACCAUUGCCUCGGGUCAAAUCAACACCUAUUCUCAACACAUUUCCCAAUUCUGUUCGCAAUCGUUGGCUAAACUCUUUAUUACACAAUCUUUACAAAACGCUAAGGAAUCGAAGGAUGUUACCAAAUAAGUUCUUAAUU